UCUAUGGAGGGAAAAAAAAAGAAAGGAAAAACACAGCCCCUCCUAAUCAGGUACUCUCUCCAACCUCCUAUUUUUUGACUCGGAGCACUUACAGUAGCAGCAGUAUGGCAGAGUCUGCGGAAGCUGUGGCAGCUGAUGUGAGCAGCAAGAGAAGUGUGACGAUUGAAAUCGCAAACAUCACCAAUAACUACUGCCUGAUCAAUCCCAGAGCGUACCUGGAGAACGGAGAAACACACAACCCACCUCAACCCACAGUGCGCCCCCUAAAGACGGAGGUUUGCACCUUCACCAAGUCAGGCGGGAAAGCGACCGGCACCGUCGGCGUGAUGACCUACGACCUCUUCGAGAGAUCCCAGAAUGACUACAUCGAGACUCUGGCCAUCAUGUUCUCCGUGCCCUGGGACUACAACCUGUACAAGAACUGGUUCGCAGUCGGCAUCUAUAAGAAGGGACGUAACUGUGAUAAAGAUCUGUACAAAGAAAUGUACUACGAGAAGAAGGAGAAGGAGCACGGGUUUGUGAGAGCAGAAGCCAACGGGUCGGGAAUCAAUUACGUGGGGAACUACCUCGAUAUCAAAGCCACCAUGUGUCCCAUGGGACGAGCCAUCGUCAAGGUGGAAGUGUGGGACAAGCUUUUCACACCCAUGGGCCAGCAGGCAUGCUAAACAUUGAUCUUCACCGAUAUUGCUGUUCUUUUAAAUGUUUAUUUUCAUCAUCUAUAUCUGCAUUAAAGCUACCCAUUGCAAACUAUGAAAUAAAACGUAAAAACUUUA